AUGAGGAAGAGUCUUACAGGGAGGGGCAAAGACUCCUUUAGCUUGUCAACGACACACUUUUCAUCCACAACACAGCUGCUUUCAUGCUGACCGACUGACUUCCAGGACUUCCACAUUUGCUGACUGGUACCGUUAUGUUACCUGAUGUGAGUGCCAGAGUCUGAGUUGCUUUCACUGACUUUGUUGGAUUCUCCCACGUGCUGCUUGUACAGCCUUCCUAGUGUUUUUCCACUCACUCGACAUGGACUGUGAGGACUCAGACAAGGUCCAGAUUGGCGAAAAUAAAUUUGUAAACAAGAGCGUUCUUCUCUCACACCUGAACACAUACAACCUUUAUUACAAAGGAGAAGCCCUCCAGUUGAGGCAUAGAGAGGAGGAAGGAGAGUUGAUCAUAGAGGGUUUGCUCAAUGUUUUUUGGGGAGUACGGCGACCAAUCAGACUGCAGAUGCAGGAUGAGAAGGAAGCAGACAGACCACGCCCCUCACUGACAUCUCUGAGCGCCGAAACGGACAUCAACACACUCAAUGAAGUCACGACAGCAGAAGACCAAUCAAAAGACUUAAGUGAAGAGAAGGAUGACGAAGCAGAUGAGGAACAGCAAGACUCCACACACUCCAAUCGGCUUCCCAGGACCAGGAGUGAUGUCGGUGGAAGGAGAAUUAGUGGACGACGGCUUGGAAUCAGGAGAGUCAGGAGACACCGAUGCUCCUUCAACGGCCACUUUUAUAACCACAGGACGGCGGUUUUUACCCCAGCGUUCGGCUCUGUGACCAAUGUUCGGGUCAACAGCUGUAUGAAUACGGCACAGGUCAUGCGGGUGCUGCUGAACAAAUUCAAGAUUGAGAACAGUCCGGAUGAAUUCAGCCUCUAUACCGUCCACACAAGUGGAGAGAGACGUCAGCUAAAGCCUAAUGACCAUCCUCUGGUGCUCAGAGUUUUGCAAGGCCCUUGUGAACAGGUCAGCAAAAUGUUCCUUAUGGAGGCGGAUCAGGUGGAAGAGGUCACCUCUGAUGUGGCACAAUACAUCAAGUUUGAGCUUCCUGUUUUACAAAGCUUCAUUGCUAAGCUGCAAGAGGAAGAAGAGAGAGAGAUGCAGAAACUGAUGAAGAGAUACGCUGAUAUGCGGCGUAUCAUCAAGAAAUACAUGCGAUCUAUAGCUGAUUCAACUACACGAUGAAGCUGUGCAGGCAUGUAUGAACACCAUCCUUCAAGCACCAACAGCGACAAAACAAUGCUGACUCAGGAACAACAACAUAUUUGUAGUUAAAUUAGGCUUUUUAUUAUCAUAACGUAUUAUAUAAUAUCAUAAUACAGCAGUAUCCAAAGGUACCAUGAGCUUUAUUAGAUAAACAGCAGAGUGUCACAUAGCCUUCUUUUUCACAAAGAAAAGCAAACAGGUCAAAAAAUGUAGCGUUUGACUUUCAUUCAUGCACAGUGAUGAUAAUAAUAAUAAGCCGUAAGAAUGUUAAUUCAAAAUUUGGAAUAUUCUAAAGCCCCUAUUGUGUGAAUAAACAGAUGUGAAGAAAAUAAUAAUAAUUUGAAAUAUCUAAUGUAUAUGCCUUAUUUUAUUGCAGAGUAUUGGUAUUAAAAGUAUUUAAUAUCUUUUAUUUGUAACGUAUUUUACAGUGUAUGUACACAGAUUUUUCCAUUUAUAAUAAAAAACUUUUAGACAAUUACUGAUUUUUUUUUUUUUUUUUCAGUGAACUUGCAAGCACAUUUACCUCAGUGAAAGCUGUCAUAAUAUUUUAUUAUACAUUUAAUACCUCUGAUAUUUUUCAGCAUUUAAACCAGAAAA